GCAGCUUGGACCGCCCAAUCAAACGCGCCGUUGGGUGUCACGUGACCGACCGCGGAAGCGCGCAGUGUUUAUCAACUGAGCCGCAAACUGUUAAUAACCAGCUAACUUAGUUUAAUAACCGGCGCCCAGCCUUCGUUAUGCGCGUCUAAACAGCAGGCGUCUGAAGAUGAUGAGGAGCUUUCUGAAGUGAGCUGAAGAACAGUCACCAUGACUGUCGUCUGCCUGCUGGAUGGCUGCGUACUGCGUUUGUGCCACAGACCGGGACGUGUGUCUGCCAUCCUGUCCGCGUCCCCGCUGAGGAGCCUGAGCUGUAGGCUGAGCUGGAGGCCCGAGCGCGGCCAGAGGUUCUGGCUCUGUAGGGCGGGAUCGUACGCAAACGUCUCGGCCUUCAGCACGUCGACGUGCCGCGGGGCAGCCGACCUGAGAUACCACGCGUCCCGUCUGAGGAGCAUUCUAGACUCGGCCUGGAAAGCAGCGAGUGGGGCGCGAGCGCAGAUUCUGUCCCGACUCAAAGCCGAGGAGACCUCAAGCCCGCCUGUUGCUCCGCCCCCCACACUUGUUGCUAUGACAACUGAGAUCCAGGAAAAGAAGGUGUGCAGAGAGACCGGAGCAGCCCUGCCCACUACUCAACAGGCUCCGCCCUCAGCAAUUGUUGCAACGGCAGCUGAGGUCCAGGAACAGAGAGAGUGCAGAGUAACGGCAACAGCCCCGCCCACUACAACACAGGCCCCACCCACAAAACAGGCCACACCCCUCUUCCAUCCAGGCUCCCUCAGCGUUAAUCUGGGAGAGACUUAUGACUAUGUGUCUCAGCAUAUCAACUCUUACUUCAGCAGCUUAACUAAACCUGGCCCAGAUGUCGCUCAGCCCAUGUCCUCUCGCCCGGAAACGCCUCGCACCGAACCCUCUUUCUCUCUCGGAAAAGGACUCGGGAGUUACUGGAGCUACUCGCCGCCGAGCGUCCAGGGCUUCAUAGGGAGCUACAUCACUCCACUGGUCCCCCGGUUCAGAACAGAGCCCAAAAGCGCGUCGGUGGAGGCGGAUGAAGCUGCUUCUGAUGAUGCCGAAGGCAAGGAAACGGUCCAGAGUGAAGAUCAGGAGAGAGCCAGACGCCUGCUGCUCCAGAGAGAGAAGAUCGUGGCGCGGGUGAGCGUGGAUAACCGGACCCGAGCUCUGGUUCAGGCUCUGCGCCGGGCCUCAGAUGUGCGCCUCUACAUCCGGCGGGUGGAGGAUCUCAGUCUCCAUCUGCUGGAGUUCCCAGAAACACGAUCUGUGGCCGUCAAGGAGCGUGUGAUCCCGUGUCUGCUGCGUCUGCGUCAGGCCGGUGACGUGUGUCUGCAGGUUGCGGUCCGACAGGCUCUGGCUCUGCUGGGCUUCACUGAGCCUGUGAGGAAGCGCGGCGUCCGGAUCCUGUCCAUCGACGGAGGGGGGACCCGGGGUCUGCUGGCCCUUCAGACGCUGCGGCGCUUACAGGAGGUGUCAGGUAAACCUGUCCAUCAGCUGUUCGACUACAUCUGCGGCGUCAGCACAGGUGCGAUCCUGGGCUUCAUGCUGGGCAUCCUCCAGAUCCCGCUGAAGGACUGUGAGGAUCUCUACAGGACGCUGAGCUCAGACGUCUUCAAGCAGAACCUGAUCGUGGGAACGGUGAAGAUGAGCUGGAGUCACGCUUUCUACGACAGCCAGAUCUGGGAGAAAGUGCUGAAAGAGAAGAUGGGCUCGGAGCUGCUGAUCCAGACGGCUCGCCACCCCCACUGCCCCAAAGUGGCGGCGGUGAGCACAGUGGUGAACCACCAUCCUCCGGUGAAGGCCUUCGUCUUCAGGAACUACAGCCUGCCGGUGGGGGUGCGGUCGCAUUACCGCGGGUCCUGCAGGCACCGGCUGUGGGAGGCCAUCCGAGCCUCGUCUGCGGCGCCGGGAUACUUCCAGGAGUUCGCUCUGGGACACGACCUGCACCAGGACGGUGGGAUGCUGAUCAAUAACCCCACGGCUCUGGCCAUCCACGAGUGUCAGUGUCUGUGGCCGGACGUCCCGCUGCAGUGCGUGGUGUCUCUGGGGACGGGACGCUUCCAGACGGCCGGCAGGACCAGCGUCUCCUACACCAGCCUGAAGACCAAGCUGAGUCACGUCAUCAGCAGCGCCACCGACACCGAGGAAGUGCACACUAUGCUGGACGCUCUGCUCCCGCCGAACACGUACUUCCGCUUUAACCCCUACAUGAGCGAGGACGUGGCUCUGGACGAGAGCCGAGGGGAGAAGCUGGAGCAGCUGCAGGCCGAGGGUCUUCAGUAUCUGGAGAGGAACCAGGAGAAGCUCCAGCGAGCCGUCAGCGAGCUCUCGCGAGACAAGAGCUCCACGCAGAGACUGAGCGAGUGGCUGCGGCUCAGAGCGCUCAUGUUCAGGAUCUAGAGGAACACAUCACUGAGCAGCUUCAGGUCUGGGAUCUGUGAGGGACACCGGUAAAGACUCGCUCAGGGACUGACUCGUUCAGAUCAUCAGGGCAAUACACCACUCUUAUAUUGUAUUGUAUUGUGUUUUAUUUUAAUUAAUUAAUUUUAUUUUAUUUUAGUUUAGUUUAGUUUAUUAUUUUUUAUUUCAUUUUAUUUGUAUUUAUUUAUUUAUUUAUUUUUAUUUUACUGAAACAAAGUUUGUGUUAAAACUUCUAACACAGUAAAAAAUUCUGAAAUAGAAUCAGGCAUCAAAAAAUCAUAAAAUCCAGAAGAAAAGAAGUCAUUUAUUUCUACAGCAAAGCAGCUUCACAGUAAUAAACUGGAAAAUAACAGCGUGAAUGUCGUAAAAUUGAUUAGUUAUUACACAGUAAAGUUUCAGCUGUAAAGCAGCUCUACAGAAGACGAUAGAAUCAUUAUUCAGAUCAGAUCAGAUCAGAAGUGUUCAGUGUGUUUGUAACCUGCUGUAGAACAAGAGCAUGGAUACAGGAUCGGAUUCUAACACUGAUGAUGAUGAAAUUAAAUAUACGAGCUGCAGACGGCUAGAAUCAUCUUUCAGAACACACUCAUGUUUGAUCAUUAUGACUGUGAUUUAUUUUAUGAAGGCAGCUCAUAUCUAUAAUUUACACUAGAAUAGAAAAUGAAGACUUGAACGUCUGAAACGGUUUCAUCAGUGAGGGCUGACUGCUCAGCUUACUCUGAGAUUCAGUCAUUUCCUUUUUAUUAUGUUUGAAUAUUACUGUUCAGGUUUAGCACUUGAACUCAUGACCGUUUGUGUUUGCGCUGACGUUCUUCAUGAGUGUUUCUGUCUUGCCUUGUGUUACAAAAGAUCUAAACACCCUCAAAUCAAGAGACAUUUACUGGAGAAGCAAAAUGACAGAAGAUGAGAACGUCUUGUUUUAAAACAAGAACACAGAAAAAAUCAACUUAAUUCACAGAGAAAACUAGACAAAAAUAAAAGGAAGAAAAUCAUA